AAAAUAGUUUCUCUCUCUUCCCUCCAUCUCUCAAACUCUGCGACUUCUCCUCUUCACAAAAUCUGAAUAAAACCGCAGCAAAUUGAAGCAAAAUCCACACAUCUUCAUAUUUAUAUUAGUGUGAUUGUGCCUGUGAUCUUUUUCUUUUUCAGGAGAGCGUUCAUUCGCGUUCCGGCUUGGUUACUGAAAAGAUGAGCCGACCAACCACUCGGAGUAAAAAUAAAAGGCACAGACAAGGGACUGAUUCUGAUAGCGCUUCUGAAAUAUUGAGGAAAAUUCAUUCAACAGGUGAAGUAACCGAUGAUGAUGUGAAACAGUUGUACAUGAUUUUGAAACCAGUUUGUCAAAGCUGCCGUGUGAAUACUAAAGAUAACCCUAAUUGUUUCUGUGGGCUGAUUCCACCUCACAAUGGAAGUCGUAAAUCUGGCUUAUGGCAGAAAAUUUCGGACAUUCUUCAAGCUCUUGGUCCAGACCCAUGCAAGGAUCUUCGUGCUUCUGCUUUCUCACCUGCUGGAUUGACUAAUUUGGGCGCAACAUGCUAUGCAAAUAGUAUACUGCAGUGCUUAUACAUGAAUAAAUCAUUCCGUGAAGGUGUUUUCUCUGUUGAGCCUGAUGUUUUGAAACAACAUCCUGUGUUGGAACAACUUGCAAGACUUUUUGCACAGUUGCGUGCCAGUAAAAUGGCUUUUAUUGACUCAGCUCCAUUCAUUAAAACAUUGGAGUUAGACAAUGGAGUUCAACAGGAUAGCCACGAGUUCUUGACCUUGCUUCUUUCUUUGCUUGAGCGUUGUUUUAGCCAUUCUAAAGUUUCCAAGGCUAGAACAAUUGUUCAAGAUCUUUUCCGUGGGAGUGUGUCCCAUGUGACAACGUGCUCAAAAUGUGGAAAAGAUUCUGAAGCUUCUGCGAAGACGGAAGACUUUUAUGAGCUUGAGUUAAACGUCAAGGGCUUAAAAACUAUAGAUGAGAGUUUAGAUGAUUACCUUAGUGUGGAAGAGCUUCACGGAGAUAAUCAGUAUUUUUGCGAAUCAUGUAGAGCAAGAGUUGAUGCUACUCGGAGCAUCAAGCUACGCUCACUUCCUGAAGUUCUUAAUUUUCAGCUCAAGCGUUGUGUUUUCCUUCCAAAGACGACUAUGAAGAAGAAAAUCACUUCUGCUUUUUCUUUCCCUGGAGAAUUGAAUAUGCAGCAGAGACUCUCCGAGCCAUCUCAGUUUGAUUUGAUAUAUGAUUUGUCAGCUGUUCUGAUUCACAAGGGAACUGCUGUAAACAGUGGUCAUUACAUCGCGCUUAUUAAGGAUGAGAAUACAGGGCACUGGUGGGAAUUUGAUGAUGAGCAUGUCUCAAACUUAGGUCAUUGUCCUUUUGGAGAAGGUUCUUCAAGUUCCUGUAGUAAAGGUGGUUGUUCUGAGCCUGUUGUUUGUCCAUCGAAUACAGAAGGAAUGGAUGGCAUGAAUGUAAACCAUGCUGUUCUUCAGCCACAGUCUUCAGAAUCUUGUAAUGGUUGUAAUGUAGAGAGAUUCACCUCAAAUGAUGCAUAUAUGUUGAUGUAUAACCUGAGGUGUAGCAAGAAAGAUGCCGAGAAGAAACAUGUGGCCUGUGAUGUCCACAAUAUGCAAAUAGAAAAUGAUACUGUCUUUUUCCAUGAUGGUGUUUCUCUUCCAUCUCAUCUUUGUGAAGAGAUAAAAGAAUUGAAUUCAUCAUAUGUUGAUGCUUGUGAACUAUACAAAUUAAAGCGGGACAGAGAAUUGGAUAUUAUUACAAAACGCAGACAGGAAGUGCGGUCAGUUCUUUCUGAAGCACCUGUUCGGUCAAUCGAAGAACCAUUUUAUUGGAUUUCCGCAGAUUGGCUUCGCCAAUGGGCUGAUAACAUUUCCCCACCUGUUCUAGACAAUGCUCCUCUGCAAUGCUUGCAUGGGAAAGUUCCAGUAUCAAAGGUUGGCACCAUGAAGCGAUUAUCCACUGAAGCUUGGAUUAAAUUGUUCUCUAAGUAUGAUGGGGGGCCAACCCUGACCAAUGAUGACUACUGUUUGAAAUGCCUUAUUGAUGGUGCGCGGACUAUGGUAUGUGCUGAUAGCUAUAGAGAUAGAAGAAAAUCAAUGAAAGAGCUUGCAGAUGACGUGUUAUCAGGAAAGUUUGGAGAAGGAACAUACUAUGUGUCUAGGCCAUGGUUGCAACAAUGGACAAAAAGAAAAAAUCUUGAUGCUCCUUGUGAAGCUGAUGCAGGACCAACGACUUCAAUUAGGUGUCCCCAUUGGCAACUGAUGCCGGAGCAAGCUCCUGGUGCUAAGCGAUUAUUGGUUCCUGAGAGUCUCUGGCUCUUCAUUUAUGAAGACGCUAAAAAAGUAAAACCUAAUGAUCUUUUGGGUUGUUCAGCUUUUCCAUUAGACUCUAAACAGUGUAACGAAUGCAGCGAAGAACUAUCUGAAGUGGCAUGCAUGGAGGAUUCUAUAAGGGCUCUGAAGCUUAAACAGCGCCAAAAUCAUGAAAAAUUAGCUCUGGGUAGAAGUAUUCCACUAUCUUUGCAUGGCAAAUAUUACUUGGUGCCCUCAUCAUGGCUUACAAAGUGGAGAAACUACAUAAGUACAAGUGGAAAAAAUGCUUCAUCAUCUGUGGGACCUGAAAUUCUGGAUGGUGUCAUUGAUUCAGUUAAAUGUGAAAAGCAUUUGCGACUCUUAGAAAGGCCUCCUGACCUGGUUUCCAAACGUGGCUUAAUUGUUCAGAAGGGUCCUAUGACAGAUGGGCUGACAAUUGUUACUGAGAAUGACUGGAAAUGUUUCUGUGAAGAUUGGGGUGGAAUUCAGGAGAAAGGCAUAUCUGCUAAAGUUGAGUUCAGUAAUAAUGCAGGAAAUACUUUGGUUGGGUCCUGUAAAGAAGUACCAAUAUGUCAGGAUACUUUCAGCCCUCAUGAUGAAGAAAAUAAUGAGAUUGAAUCCAGACAUCCAGUGGUCAGGACUAACCCUGAGAUAUGUGAGGAUUGCAUUGGAGAAAGAGAAAGCUGUGAGUUGAUGCAAAAGCUCAAUUAUUGUGAUGAGGACAUAUAUGUAUGUCUUGUUCGUGGAAAAGAAGCUCCAAGAUCAAUUUUAGAAGCAUCUGAGUCUAUCUCUGAGCCAGAUCGACGAACAUCAAAGCGCUCUAGGAAGACCAAUUAUGGAAGUUUAAUCAAUUUAAAAGUUUCUGCUUCCACAUCUAUAUACCAAUUAAAAAUGAUGAUAUGGGAAUCUCUUGGGAUUGUUAAGGAAAACCAGAUACUUCACAAAGGUCAAAGGAUAAUCGAGCCGGAAUAUGCUACUCUUGCAGAUAUGAAUAUAUUCCCAGGUGACAAGCUUUGGGUGCAAGAUUCAGAAAUCCAUGAGCAUCGUGAUAUUGCUGAUGAGCUUUCUGACCAGAGGAUGAAUGUGCAGCAUGCAGAAGAAGGUUUUCGGGGAACACUUUUAACAUCAAAUCUCUCAUCCCAAGUUGUUUGAGAAGUUUGAUUUGAUUACAUGGUGUCUGCUUAUAACAUCAAAAUUCAUGUAGAUAUUGAUGCUGGGAGAGGAAAGUGUUAUAUCUUCAACCUGCAUGUUGGAGAUCGACUGGCUGAACCAAGGUUUUGUGAGCUAUCUCGUUUUUAAAAGGUUGGUUUACUAUGUAAAUAUAAGGGCUCUGGAACAGUUGUAACAUUUGUACAUUGCAAUGGAGAUUAACUGCUUCACU